AUGAGCUAUUUGAAGGACCAGGAGAAAACGGCCAAUGUCUCCAACGAGUCAACGGCGGCCUCGGACGAGUCUUCGAUCGGAGGCGGAUACACUGCAGCUGAAGGCCUCAACUCUAGUAUUACUACCUACCAAGAUGCUUCAGGUGCACCUGUUGAAACCAGCUCUCCAUUGGGGUAUUCAGUUGGGUUCAUGGCAGCCUUCUGCUUGAAUAUUAACCAAAUGGUCGGGACCGGUAUAUUCUCAACACCGGCCACUAUCCUGUCGGGUGUUGGUUCUGUAGGACUGACGAUGAUAUACUGGUUCAUCGGUUAUCUUCUUUCCCAGAGUAUCCUUUCUCUCUAUCUAGAGUACGCGUCAUAUUUUCCUAGCCGAUCAGGAUCAGAAGUGGUCUACCUCGAACAAGCUUUUCCCAACCCCAAAUAUCUCAUUCCCACAAUAUUCGCUGCAAAGCAUGUGAUAUUUUCUUUCGCCAGCAGUAACGCAGUUGUCAUGGCGCAAUACAUUUUCGGCAUUGGCGGUGUCACUUAUACUCCAUGGCAGAUGAAAGGGGUGGCAGUUGCAUUAUACACUCUGGCAUAUUUUGUUGUCGGUGCUAGCACAAAAUGGUCUUUGAAGCUUGUUAUCUGGUUUGGGAUAGUCAAGAUUCUCACCCUAAUCCUGAUUUCAAUCGCUGGCCUUGUCGUCCUUGGGGGUCAUACGAAGGUUGAAGAUCCUGGAAACUGGAAAGACCCGUGGCAAGGGACCUCUGAAGCAACCGCGUAUGGAGCAACUAAUGCGAUGGUAAAGUUAAUAUUUUCAUACAUGGGCUAUACAAAUGCUUUUGGAGUAGUCAAUGAGAUUAAGAAUCCCGUGAAAACUCUCCGGUGGAGUGCUCCAAUUUCACUCCUUCUUGUCACAGGGCUGUAUAUCCUUGUUAAUGUUGCGUAUUUCUCGGCUGCGUCGCGCGAGGAGAUUCUCGCAUCAAAACAGGUUGCAGCAUCCAUCUUUUUUGAAAAGGUUUUUGGCAAGCAUGGGGCAUCCAAUGCUUUGGACGUACUUGUUUGCUUGAGCGCUUUCGGAAACCUGAUCGCAGUGCUAGUGAAUACGUCAAGAUUACUUCGAGAAACAGGAAGACAAGGAGUUCUUCCUUGGCCCAAGUUUUGGACAUCGGUUAAACCGUUCGGUACUCCCCUCGGGCCGUAUACGGUGCAGUGGUCAUUGACUGUUUUGAUGAUCAUCUGUCCGCCAGCUGGAGAUGCCUUCAAUUUCGUUGUUGAUCUCUCUGUCUAUCCAACGAAUAUCUUCAACUUUUUGUUGGUAAUUGGAUUAGUCCUUAUUCGCAGGCGCCGUAAGGCACUCAAUCUUCCUCACCCGGAAUAUUCCGCAUGGAAUAUCUCUAUCGCCUUCGCAUUCCUAGUCACGCUUUAUAUGCUUAUCGCUCCUUGGUAUCCUCCGUCCACCGGCGCAAAUGGCGGAGAUGUGAGCUUUUGGUAUGGAACAUACUUGGUGGUUGGCAUUGGCCUGAUUACCGCUUGUGUGGUUUACUAUUAUGUUUGGAUCGAUUUGAUUCCGAAGUACAAGGGUUACGAGUUCAGGCAGACCGUUGUCGAGUACGAAGAUGGUUCCAUCGCGCACCAACUUGUUAAGGUUCCAAAGACGGAGCUCGCUAUCUGGGACGCCCAACAUGAUUCCACUGGUCGUUCAUUGACCCACAUCUAA